AUGGGAGCCGAAACGUCUUGAUUCUGAAAAGUGUCCAGAUGACUACGAAUGAAACCUUUUCUACGAUACUUUGUUUCUUGUUACAUUUGUUUGUUUUUAAAAAAGAUUGCCCCAAGAAUCAGGAUCAGGCUGACUGACUAGACGGGUUGUUGACGCCAAGUCGGGAAGGGGCUGGCUUGAACACAGAACUGGAGACGACAGAGCAUUCUUCACAUCAGUUACGUAAGAGCACCCACAGUGACACAAAAGAGCAUGUGAACACACAAUACAAAGACAACUGCCUGCAUGAGACACAGCCACACACGCAGACAUUGAUAAGUGAGGAUAUCUCUUACCUUGAGCACACACAAGCCACUGAUGACAAAGCCCAAGCAGAGAUACACACCGAAUAUACACAUGAUGCAUACAAACACAUGCCUGAACACACAAUCAAUGUUGCUGGAAAAGAUAUUGCUUUUCUUGUGGAUUCUGGUGCAACUGAUUCUGUCAUCAGAGAGUCAGAGUUUGCAGUACUUCCAAAAAUGAGCAGCAGAUUUGUGAGGACAGUAGGAGUUUCAGGAACACCCCUGGUGGAAAGGUAUACCACACCAUUGUCAUGCAGUGAAGAAAUUGAGAAACACUUUAAACAUUCAUUCUUGUUAUCUAAAUGAUGCCCAAUCAAUAUUAUCGGAAGAUAUGAUGAUAAGAUUAGGAAAUAUCCUGAUUUCCACUCCCGAAGGCAUCAUUGUAGCUAGAAUUUCUGACACUGCAUCACAAUAUGUGAAACACAGUAGCAGGGAGCUGAUGUACUCUUAUCAAUGGAAGCUGCCUCACUCAGCUGCUGCCUCUGUAAAUAACACUCUGAUCACCGAGGUCAAAGCUCUCUUUCCAGACAACUAUACACGAAUAGACAUCAAGGAACCACAAGAGUUACACUGCACAUCCCAUGUACAUCUUGGGGUUGAUAAACAUUUUGAGGACACAUGGUUCAGGCAAGACAAAGAGAGAAACACACUAAAGCUGACCUGGUUGUACUGGAAUGAUGAAAAAAUGCACUGUCUCAGUAGCUUUCAAUGAUCCACUUUGUAAAGCUUUGUUUCAGGAUUCAGGUGUGGAUUUUCACAACCAACUUCAAGUAUACCGAAAAGAUUUUCAGCUAUAACAACAGGGGUAAGGGAGUUUUUAAUGGCCAGUUUGGUAACAUCAGAUGAUGAAAUAAGUCAUGACAAAAACAUGUUUGUGAAAGACGUCUCAGAAAGAUUUAAAUCAGGUACUAUCCUUCUUGUGGGCACAACACAAGUAUGAUGUAGGAUUAAACAAAGAUGCUGAGCCUGUAGUAAUCACACCAAAAUCUUCAGAAUCAAUAUCCUUUGAAAAAGGAAGCUGUUGACGGUAUUAAACCGGUGUUUGAUUCUCUUUUGAAAUCAGGAGUGAUUAUUCCAUGUGCAAGAUCUCCAGUCCGGACACCUAUUUUCCCCGUACGAAAACUCCGGGAUGCCGGAGAGCCACAACAUUGGAGAUUCGUGCAGGACUUGCAGGCGGUAAAUGCAGCAGUACAUGCACGAACAUCCAAUGUUCCAAUACCACACACAAUACUCUCACAAGUGCCACCUGGGAGUAAAUGGUCUUCAGUUGCUGACCUGGCUAAUGCUUUUCUCAGCAUCCCAGUGGAUCCUGACAGCCAGGAUCGGUUUGCGUUCUCUUUUGAAGACUUUGGACAUUCAAAUCUAGCCAGGUCUCACCAGGUGGAGGGUGCUGGUUCCGGGGACAGAGACAGGUCCACAGGCAGUGAGUAAUCAUCACAUUAAACCAGUCACCUCGAAUCUCAAAUAAUUUAUUCGAUCACGUUGGGUGUGAAUCCAGUUCAAUCUCAGACCAUAUUUCUUCUGUAUGUCUUCUGUAUUUCCCUUAACCUGAAUUUAGCUGUAAAUUAACUCAAUGUUUUGUUUUUCAGACUCUGGACAUUCAAAUGUAAACAGACUUAGCCAGUUGAGGGGUGCUGGGUCCAGUCAUAGUCCAGCCACAGUGACCAGUCAAGGCACAGCGACCAGUUAAGGCACAGUGAUGGGUAUGGGUCCUGUUAUAGUUAGCCACUAUGCCCCCUGAUCCUCUUUUGUAUCUGUCCUCCUGUGUUUCUUGGCUGUCCCCUGUCUGUUGUUGUCUAUGUAAGUGUGUGUCUGUGUUCGGGCUGGCUCCCCGAUCUCCCAGCUGCGGUUGAUUACCGGCACACCUGUUCUCCAUCAUCAUCCAUUACAACAGUUUAUCUACUGGGCUCAUCCACACUUCCAGCGCCAGAUCGUCUUCAUACCCAUGUAUGCACUACGCGAAACGGCCUCCGCAAGUAAGGAAAACUGUUUAUGUGCUUAAUACUUACCUUGAUGGUAACAUUAUCUGUCUCUGUCACAGAUCUUCGCCUCGCCGGUAAUCUCCGUUCCCGGAUCCCCGCAACUUCCACUCCACGCCAGCGGUCACGCUGCUCCUGCUCCCCGACUCCCAGACCCAUCGCCUGCUUAGCCCAACCUGCCGCCUCACCAGCCUGCCCAGAACCAGUCCCCGUCGCCUCCGCUCAAAGAGCCGCUACUCGGUCUCCAUCCUGGUCCCGUCUAGUGCACGGAACCUGCACGAACAACGCCGAUCUCCCUGUGCUAAACAAUAAAACUGUUCGAGCCCUUAUCUGCUCUGUCUGUGUGUUCUGCGUUUGGGUCCCCAGUUCGGCCUUCCGACAUGUCCAGGCACAGCAACGGGUACUGACACAGCAAGCAGUUCAGACACAGCGUCUGGUCCCAACACAGUGACCACAUGGGACACGGCAAGCAGUCCAGGCACAGCAACCAAUCCAAGGGCCAUUCUGAAAGUGUUCAAAGGCCAAUCUCAAGAUGCUCUGGGAGGUCUUUUUCCCAGCAGAGUGACAGGUCCUCUGAAUCCAGUCGUGCAGGGUCUCAGAGGGAAACAGAUUUAAGAUUUCCAAUGCCCACACUCUUCACCAACCAGCUGAUGGCAAAAUUCAAUAUGAAGGGGAAGAAGAAGAAACUGCCUCUGGAGACAACUACAACUUACAAAGCAAUAAAAGAUGUGAACUCCAAAUCAGCAAGAGUCUUGGCCAUUGUUGUAGUCCCAGGUCACCUUCUCUUCCUGUACACCAUCCACCUCCUGCAGGGAGGCCAUACUGCCAUGAGGCCCACCUUCAUCAUCUGCUACCUGUCUGCAGCUCUGCUUCAGGUGGUGAUUUUGCUUUAUGUGGCCAGCCUGAUGGUGCGAUGGCUGUGGCGAAGAGGACUGGACAACUUUUCCAUCCCCUACCUGACAGCUCUGGGUGACCUGUUGGGGACUAGCUUCUUGGCUCUGAGCUUCAGACUAAUUCUGAUGCUCAAACCCCUUGGACACCUGCUCACUGUGUCUCUCAUGCUCUCUCAACAUCUGUGCUCAAGUUUGCCUUGCUUAACCUCACACAGCAAAACAAAUUUUAGAGGCGACGCAAACGCGAUGAACUGGAGUUUCUGGUGAGUUCAGUCAGAGGCUGAGCUGAACACAAACACACAGACAUGGUCGGUGCUUCUGUUGCUAGCUAGCUUACAGCUAACGUACAGUUGGUACACUGGCUGGUUGGGGCGAAUAAACACAGACCAUCCAACGGUCAAAUCUGCAGAAUGAUGUUUCACUUUCUGUUGGAACACACCUUUACAGUGUGCCACAAUUUCAGCUGGUCAAAAAAUUGGAGUAGGCAAUUUCUGGUUUGCUGUUUUGUCUCCAAUUUGAUUGCUAGUAGGAUUAUUGGUUACUAGGGAAGUAGGGAAGCACUGGGAAAAUGGUAAGUAGGGACACCACAGUUAUGCCAAAGUAGUUACAGAUACAGUUUUGGUUACAUAGUUAGUUUUAUGAUAAACCUUUAUGAAAUUCCGCUUGUAUGUUAGUCUCUACCUAGCUAUCUUGAUAGGUAGCUAGCUAGAUGUCUAGCUAGAUAGUUGCCAGAUAAGCAGUAGCUAACUAAGCUAGCUGGCUAACUUGUAAUUCAGCUGGUUCCUUAAAACAUUUAAGGGCACUUUUUUAAACUCUGCAGCACAAGUGCUUGUAAAAAUGGCAGUGUAAAACCCUGAGUUGAAUGUAAUAUUAUAUAGCUGAUUUACGAAUUACCACUAACCACCUAAUAGCAUGCUUUUAAAAUUAGACGUAGCACACUGCCCAACAAAAUCAUAUCUUGUGUUGUUUUAAUAUAGAGGCAUAAUUUAAGUUCUUUAAAAAAAGAAACUACAGUUGUGGUCAAAAGUUUUGAGAAUGACACAAAAUUGGUUUUCACAAAGUUUGCUGCUUCAUUGUUUUUAGAUAUUUUUGUCAGAUGUUAAUAUGGUAUACUGAAGUAUAAUUACAAGCAUUUCAUAAGUGUCAAAGGCUUUUAUUGACAAUUACAUUAGAGUCAAUAUUUGCAGUGACCCUUCUUUUUCAAGACCUCUGCAAUUCGCCCUGGCAUGCUGUCAAUUAACUUCUGGGCCACAUCCUGACUGAUGGAAGCCCAUUCUUGCAUAAUCAAUAUUUGGAGUUUGUCAGAAUUUGUGGGUUUUCCUUUGUCCACUUGCCUCUUGAGGAUUGACCACAAGUUCACAACGGGAUUAAGGUCUGGGGAGUUUCCUGGCCAUGGACCUAAAAUUUUGAUGUUUUGUUCCCUGAGCCACUUAGUUAUCACUUUUGCCUUAUGGCAAAGUGCUCCAUCAUGCUGGAAAAGGCAUUGUUCAUCACCAAACUGUUCUUGGAUGGUUGGGAGAAGUUGCACUCGGAGGAUGUUUUGGUACCAAUCUUUAUUCAUGGCUGUGUUCUUAGGCAAAAUUGUGAGUGAGCUCACUCCCCUGGCUGAGAAGCAACCCCACUCAUGAAUGGUCUCAGGAUGCUUUACUGUUGGCAUGACAGGACAGAUGGUAGCACUCACCUUGUCUUCUACGGACAAGAUUUUUACCGGAUGCCCCAAACAGUCAGAAAAGGGGAUUCAUCAGAGAAAAUGACUUUACCCCAGUCCUCAGCAGUCCAAUCCCUGUACCUUUUGCAGAAUAUCAGUCUGUUCCUGAUGUUUUUCCUGGAGAGAAGUGACUUCUUUGCUGCCCUUCUUGACACCAGGCCAUCCUCCAAAAUUCUUCACCUCACUGUCCGUGCAGAUACACUCACACCUGCCUGCUGCCAUUCCUGAGCAAGCUCUGCACUGGUGGUGCCCUGAUCCCACAGCUGAAUCAACUUUAAGAGACGGUCCUGGCGCUUGCUGGACUUUCUUGGGCGCCAUGAAGCCUUCUUCACAACAAUUGAACCUUUCUCCUUGAAGUUCUUGAUGAUCCGAUAAAUGGUUGAUUGAGGUGCAAUCUUACUAGCAGCAAUAUCCUUGCCUGUGAAGCCCGUUUUGUGCAAAGCAAUGAUCGCGGCCCACGUUUCCUUGCAGGUAACCAUGGUUAACAGAGGAAGAACAAUGAUUUCAAGCACCACCCUCCUUUUAAAGCUUCCAGUCUGUUAUUCUAACUCAAUCAGCAUGACAGAGUGAUCUCCAGCCUUGUCCUCGUCAACACUGUCACCCGUGUUAACAAGAGAAUCACUGACAUGAUGUCAGCUGGUCCUUUUGUGGCAGGGCUGAAAUGCAGUGGAAAUUUUUUUUUUUGGGAUUAAGUUUUCAUUAAGUUUCUAUUUUCAUGGCAAAGAGGGACUUUGCAAUUAAUUGCAAUUCAUCUGAUCACUCUUCAUAACAUUCUGGAGUAUAUGCAAAUUGCCAUCAUAAAAACAGAAGCAGCACACUUUGUGAAAACCAAUACUUGUGACAUUCUCAAAACUUUUGACCACAACUGUAUGUAUUAAUGAUUAUAAUGCCUUGGUUGGGUAGGUGAAAUAAUCAAGUUAGCCAACUAGCUUACUUAGGCACUGUUUAUCUGGCAGAGAAUUACAGAGGAAAUGGGUAGAAGUGAGUGAGAGAGGUUAUUAUUGUGUGCGUACAUAAAUAAUAGUGAACACGCAUAUGAAUUCAUUGAGCACAGAAUAGAUUUUCUGUUUGUACAAUUAAAUUUUUUUUGUGUGAUAAUUUCUCCACAAAAUAUGUGUAUGUGCUGAAAAAAAAGUUUUCUGUGCUCAAAAUAUCCCCUCUUGCCCAGGAUUGAGGCACAAAUAUAACACCAUAAAUAAGGGGUUGCAACAACAAAAAUGGAAACAUCCUGGCUCAAAAUAGAAAGAAUAAGGUGAGGAAAGCGUGGACUUAUUUUGCAUUUUGGUCUCCAUGUUUGCCAGCUCACUGUGGUCAGAAGUUGUACACUGUUCCCUGGAGUUACACUAUACCAACAAUACCAACACCACCCAGCUUGGCUCUGUAGAAACAACAUCCAUCUAAAAUGGAUUCAAGUGGAAAUACUGUAGAACCACUGUAUUGUUAACUGUUGACACAUCUGUACACCUAUUGUCAGCUCUUACUGUAAAUGUUCAAUGGCAAAUGAUUGUAUUAAGGCAAUAGUCAUAUACAAUUGAGGUAAAUGUAUAUUAACAUAAAUCAGAUGCUGCACCGUCUGGAUGAAUGUUAGAUUUUAUCGUGUUUAGUUUAUGUAGAUUUGUGCCUUUAAACCGUGAUAAGCCUUCAGUUCUCUGAUGCGUUCCUAUGAACUUUAGAGUUUGUUGUUGUCAAAUUUCUACUGGAUAUUUUAUUUUUUGUGCAGCACAGUGCCACUGAAUAUAGCCUGAUGUACUUAACUGUCUCUGUGUUAGUAUGUGUUCCAGGUAUUGACAAUACAGAUGUUUCUUUGUG